AAUAUGUUGUUGGUUUGUAUCAUAGCAACAGCUAACUUGUGACAUAAACAAGUGUGCAAAGAGCAGGAAGAUCUUAGUUCAAAAACAAAUUGCAUCUGAAAGAUACUGCUUUUACAAAAGAUAUAUCACACAGUCAAGAAAUUUAUUUGAAAAAGAUGACCAGUGGAGAGUCUAGUUUUGAUAUAUCAUUUCCAGAGUUGUUUGAUCUUUCACCAGAGAAUGGAGAGGUCACCAGCAGAAUGUUGAGGUUAGUUCUGGAUGCUGUUUCUGAACACAUGCCUCUAGAUCUGAUUCAAUUAGAAGUUCCUGAAUCUGACUUGAUCUCUUUUACGGAUCACGUCUCUGAAGCACAUGAACAGGCUGGUCAACGAAGGAAAAAAUUGAAGACGAUAAGGGAAAGGAAUUUAAGGGCGAACCUUCCUCCCCAUUUUCCAAGAAGUCGAAGACGAGCCCAGCGUAGGGGCGAAUCAGACAGUGAGACAAGCAGCACAGAAUCAGAUUAUGAUGAGAGUUCUCCUUUAGUUGAUGAAGUAAUCCAGAGGAUUGACCUAAUAGAAGAAUCCAUAGGGAACUUAUGCGAGUUUACAUACAACCUUGUGCAUGAAUGUGAUGAAGAUAGUAAUCAGAUUAUGGCAGCAGAGGCACAGGUAGAAGCACUGAAGAUGAGGAAGGCAGAUAAAGAAGAAGUGAUAGAAGCUCUGGCUGAAAAGGUUGAUAGAGAAUUGUUGGAAGACAAGAUCUCACAUGAUGAAUUCUUCGGUGUUUAUUCUGGCCUAUCCAGAACUAUGCAGGAGAUACUUGAUGAGCUGUCACGUCAGGAGAAGGAACUUGAAGAGUCUCUUGCUGAAGCUUCGAAUUAUACUGAUGUCAUUUUGGGGAACUAUGCGGACAACCUAUUCAGUACUUUAGACGAGAGACUAAAUGCAGCAAUCAAACUGAAAAAGAAAUUGGAGGCUGCAAGCACCAGAGUACCAGAGUCUUGUAUCGAAUUGGAUAUGGAGGAUGAGAUACCCCGUAAUCCACAACAUGGAGUCAUGCUAUUCCCACUAAGCAAGGAAGAUAUGCUCCGUCAACUUCAAGAAAUAGAAGCUAGAUCGGAUCCCAAACGAAACCUCAUCGAAGUGUACCCAGAAGGUACAAGGUUUUUGCCGUUUACCAGUAUUGUUGACACAGACUACGACUCCAGAGUCAAAUUGUCACUGGCAGAUUUACACCCUGAAACAUUACUGUCUCCCACACCUGCGCGUGUAAGAGCAUCAGUAUCUCUUACAGUAGAAUCACCACCAACCUCUCCUCAAACAUACCCGAGGUCUCCUAAAUCGAUGGGAUCUCCUCACACACAUGGAAGUCCUCUUAAACAGAAGACAUCCACUCCAACACGCUUUCUUCACCACAAGGGAUCUAUUGAAAUGCAUGCAGACCCACCUAAACAGAAGGGAUCCAUUCCGACACGCAUUCCUAAACGUAUUGGAUCUGCUAAAAUUCAUCCAGACACUCCUAGACGGAAGGGACCUGCUCAGAGACGCAUUCCUAAACAGAUGGGUUCUGGUGAAAUUCUUGAAGCCACUCUUAAACAAAAGGGAUCCACUCCAUCACGGCUUCCUAAACAGAAGACAUCUCGGACACAAACUCAAAUUGGAAAGCAUCAUCCCAGUCACACGCAAACAAGAUUAAGCAGAAGGGCCCAAACACCAGAUCCGGCUCCUAAAGGGAAAAGGCCACCUGCAACGAUCUAACCGCCUCUAAACAGAACGGAUCAGUUUAAAAUGUUCGAGGCCUUCCUAAAAGGAAGGGAUGGGUUUAGUAUCAUCUAGCUUUUCUGAACAGAAGGCAACUGCUGCAUCACCACCUCCAGGCUUCCAUGAAUUAAAAACCUCAUAAAGUUGUAAAAUUUCAAGUUUCACUGUUGACAGUAUAAAGUUGACUGAUGUUGACUGGCGAUUUAGAGGUGCUUCCGGACUCCACUAUCGGGGCGAUGAGUAAGCUGCAUUGCGAUGAAUUUUUGUCAGAUGGAUGGACUGUGCAGGGAUGAUAGGGAUAAGCAAAUUGAGGGAAGGGGUGGACAAGUGGUGCCUUACUGGCCAAGAUAUCAUUCCUUUAAGGAGUGGAUAAGAUGCUUCUAAGACUGGCUUAGGUGGAGAACAUCCUUCUUGUUCAUGUUGUCUAGUUGUGUCUUGUUUUCAUUGGCCUCUGUGAUCAUAUACUGAUGUCCUGGCAUCCUGUCCACCAAAUCCCGAUACAUGGACCAGAUGACCAUGGAGGGCACUGAGAUUCAUGAACAUGGAAGAUAACCUCGGCCUGAGCUGGUUAUGGAAGACUCUCAUCCCUUCCGUGAAAUAUUGUAGGAAGCUCGUGCUUUUCUGCCCCCUUUGGCUAGGAUGGGGUGGCCCAGGUCCUUCAAUGGCUCCCUUGCUCUGUCUAUCCUCUGCCUUGAUCCAUUUGUCUGGCCUGGUCUUUCUUAUCUUCAAAUGCUUUUCCAUGUGCAGCUUACUCAUUGCCCCUGAUGAUGGUUGCAGUAAGCACCUCUGAAACAUGGGUGUGUUUCUAAGAGGGUUCAUACUGCAACAUCCCAGAAGACAUUCAUGUUCAUAUUUAAAUGGUGUUAAAUUUACAAAUGAAUGUUGUUGUAAGGCUUGUACUGAAAACAAUAAAAUAUUAGUCAUAUGA